UGCGCGCCGGGGCGUUUCCGGCGGGACACUUGAGACGGGACUCCUGUCCGCCAGCUCCACACGCUCCGCGCUCCACAUCCCGUCAUGAAGUUUCGGGCAAAGAUCGUGGACACGGCCUGUCUGAACCACUUCACGCGAGUCAGUAACAUGAUAGCCAAGCUAGCCAAAACCUGCAGUCUACGAAUCAGCCCAGAUAAACUGAACUUCAUCCUUUCGGACAAGGUGGCCAGUGGAGGAGUGAGCAUGUGGUGUGAGCUGGAACAGGAGAACUUUUUCAGUGAGUUCCAGAUGGAAGGCGUCUCUGCAGAAAAUAAUGAGAUUUAUUUAGAGCUGACAUCAGAAAACUUAUCUCGAGCCUUGAAAACAGCCCAGAAUGCCAGAACCUUGAAAAUCAAACUGACUAAUAAGCAUUUUCCUUGCCUCACGGUCUCUAUAGAACUGCUAUCUGCUUCCAACAGUAGUCGAAUUGUGACACAUGACAUUCCUAUCAAGGUCAUCCCUAGAAAACUAUGGCGGGAUUUACAGGAGCCCACCAUCCCAGCCGCUGAGGUUAGUAUUUACCUACCACUUUUGAAGACCAUGAGGAGUGUCGUGGAAAAAAUGAAGAACAUCAGCAACCACCUCAUCAUCGAAGCCAACCUAAACGGACAGUUGAACUUGAAAAUAGAAACAGAACUAGUAUGUGUUACGACCCAUUUUAAAGAUCUUGGAAAUCCUCCACUAGACUCUUCUCAAAACAGAGACCCAGAACAAAUGGCUGAAGUUCACAUAGACAUUAGGAAGCUCCAACAGUUCCUUGCUGGACAACAAGUAAACCCUACUAAGGCCAUCUGCAAUGUGAGUGACAAGAUGGUCCAUUUUGAUUUGCUCCAUGAAGACGUGUCUCUACAGUAUUUCAUCUCGGCCCUGUCAUAGCACCAUCUUCCCAGAGGGAAGCACUCUGGGGGGGGCGGGGAGCUCAAUCCUGACCUGCAGAGGCCAGAGGUUGAUGCACGCUAAGUCACUUGUCUGUGUCCUUGCAGCAGCACAAAUCCUAUAUAGUUUGCUUUUUUCCCCCUUUUUUAUACUAUUUUGACUAAAAUUGGAAUUAAUGAAACACAAUUGAAUAAGCCCCCUUUCCUAUUACUUCUUCUGUCCAUGCCUAUUUUAUCUUGCCCUCUAGACACUGAAAGAAAAGAGAAUUUACUUCUCUAGAUUUCCAAGAGUACUUUCUUAUUGAAGCUGUGAAAAACGUAUUCUGCACUUUGAAUUGAUAUGGUGAGCAAAUUUUGCAGAAUGUUAUUGGUUGAGUUAGAGUUCGGCAUUUUUUUUUUUUUUAACCCCAUAGCUCUCUGUUUCAAUUAGUAUGUUCUAGUGGAUAAGUCCUGUAGCAACAGACCCAGAAAUACUUGCUCACAUUCCUUCUGUGCUCUCAUUGCUCAGUGCUUCAUUGGCAUCUCAGUGCUCCACCCAGUGCCUCCUGUGAAACGAGCCCUUGGUGCAGCCCCAUGAGACCAGGCUGGAGUCCUCUCGCUAAGAGAUGCCCAGAAGAUGCAGUUCCCCGACUGUGACUCGUGUAACAUUCUUCUUUCAUGGUGCAGUCAUCAUUCUGGAAAGAGCCCCUCUGUGUUUGGAACAGGGAUAACUACAGCAUCUUGUUGUAUGACGGGUGCUGAGAGCCUACUUCUGCCUAUGAACCCACCCAGUGGGUGAGAGUCUGCUCACCCCUCUGGAGACACAGCCAUCACAACCCUGCUGUGAUGAGAGCUUAUUUGCCCUGUGGAAUGGUGUGUCAUCUGUGCCAUCUUAGUGCCACAGGGACACGUUGAGGGAGUAAAGCACUUGCUUAGGGCAAGGGGAGCAAAUAAAUCAGCUAGACUGGGAAUAUCUUUCAUGGCUUUUUCUUACUAUUUGGUAAAUGCAAUGUAUUGAAUGGCUUUUCUGAUGUUACUAACGUUCAAAUGCGAGGUAAUAUUUUGUUAAAAUAACACUUUAAAGUGAGGGCCUCAUUUUAAUUUUGAAGUUCUCUCUCGCUCUGUCUGAUGCUCCCAGCCAACUCAGUGCCAGCUGCAGUGAUAAAACUAAGUCACUCUGUAUCAGGAAGUGAUUCCUGAAAGGUGUGCUGUCAGAGUCAAGCUUCUGUUCCAGCAAGUGUGUUAGUGAAGAUACAUUAUUUAUUAGGGUAAGAGGAAAAGGGCUGAUUUCUUCUUCUGCAUUAUCUAAGUUAGCGUGCUCUUUGUGGCCUCCCCUUGACUGUGGUGUCCACUGUGUUGGGGACACAUCAGGAAAGGCCUGUACCAGUCACUGCAGCUUAGACAUCCUGAGAUGAGCAGUGCAGCCUCUUAAUCCUGCAGAUUAGGUGACAUGACCUGCCCUGGAAUUCUCAUUUCACGUCUCCCACCCAAAUCGCUGAAAUAAGAAGCCAAGCAUUUCAGAGUUAGCAUUUACCCGCCUGAGAAGAAUAUUUUUGCUUCAGAUCAGUCAUAGUAAAAUAGAUUUACCUGCAGUUUUGAAAAACAGAUGUAACUUCCCUCAACUCUCUUCAGUGCUUAUUUAACGUAAGUCCUGAUUUUGAUGAUUUUAUGGAAGACUCAGGCCUUUCUUUAUGAGUGGCCUCACUGCUCAUUGUUGGCCAUAGCCUCUGCCUCUGAAGAUGGUAAGCAGGCCCUGGAGGGUGCUGAAAGGACCCCCAGAACUACAGACCACCCAGUGUUGCUCUGCUGAGCAUUGUUGAAAAGGACAAUGUUUUGGGAGGUUAGGAAGUAGCAACUUAGUCCACUUGGAGGAAUGAAUACAGUUUGAAAGAUCAUCUUAUUUCAAGACUAAUUCCUGAAGCAUUGAGGUCUGUUAAAAUAGCUUUCUAGAUUUUAAAGAUGGGCUCUGGCUUGUUGUGUGUAUACAGAACCCACCAUGUGGAGGCCUGUCCUGAGUGCUGUGCUCAGCUCCAGCUGCCUAUGGGAUGGCUUUCCUGAGGAUUCCAAGGGAGUCUAAUAGGAAGCUCCACUGUUUUUUGUUUGUUUGUUUGUUUUUGUUUUGUAGCUUCUUCUCAGUGCAGUCAAUGAACCAAGAAUAGGAGUCAUCUGUUGUGACUUUUAAUUCUAAAACAAGCAGGGAAAUGCAAUAGUCUCCUCAGUUACUGCUGGUGGGGAUGUGAUUUGUUUCUGCAUUCUGGAGUCCAGUGUGGUAUUAUGUGUGGAAAGCCCUCCUUUCCUUUUUGACCCAGUUUUCUGCUGAUAGUAAUUUACACAGAGAUAACCAUCAGGGAUGUUCUAGUACUGUUCUACAAAAAGCAUAUGAAAUAUCUUAAAUGUGAGUUCCUAGGAGAUUGAGUAAGUAGUCAGUAGUUGGCACAAUCUUUCGGUGACUUUUAAAAUAGUGACAGAAGAAGUCUGCUAUUGCAGCCAAAUGUUUAUGACUCAAGUUAAGGAGCAGAGCAGACACCCCUCUGUACCACCUGACCCCAGUUUGGAGAAUAUUAACAAUGUGUUAUAUGUAUCUAUGCUAGAAAAAAACUGUAUAUACACCAACAUUUGCACCUUGUUUUUUCUGAAUGUUUUGUUUCAAUCUUUGUAUACCUAAGUAUUUUCUUAAAAUGCUAUAUUCAAAUUUAUAACAAAUAAAUUAUUUUGAAGGUA